GGUUUUAUGUGGGUUGUUUGUUUCAUUUAUAACGACACAUUGCCUACACAAAUAACUUCAACUUUGCUUAAAAAUCGGUUGGCUGGAGUUUUCGGGUUUUCGCAUGAAAGCAGUAUUUGUUCUGCAUCAUAAUCGCUGUGUGAAGAUUGACAGUAUAUAACCAGCCGUAUAAGUUCAACUAAAAGAAGGUGCCAUACUGUUUGUUGUCUUCUGCUUUGAAGACUACUUAUGUCAGUUUCUUUCAUCUUCAGUUUAUUAUAAUCUAAUUACCAGGAAUAAUUAUCAAUACAAAUGCAUCUAAAACCACACAAAGACAGUAAUUUUUCGCUAAUGUUUAAAAAGCUGGUCUCUUUUGCUUCAUAAUCAAAUUUUCUUGCUAAGCAUUGCACAUUGAUUUAAUAAUUGAUACAUAAAAAAGAAAAAGUACGUGGUACAAAAUAAAUGCUUGAUGGCGCUUCGCUGUGAAAGUAUUUGACCACUGAGUGAAUCAUUUUUGUCUGUGAUUAGCUGCAGAAAGUUUUCUUGAGACCAUUUGCUACUCUUUGAACUCAACCUUUUUUUGCGCUGUUGCAAUACAGCUUGUUGCUUUGACUAAAACAUAGCUGAAAGUUCAAUAAAUAUUACCAUCUUUUGAAUGUAGCUACAAUUUUGACUCUUUAUCGGAGAUUUUAAUGCCGUAUGACCCGAAAUGAGUAUCGUGCAUCAUACUGAGAGAUAUGGCGUUCAUUUUGCUAUAAGCGAUGACGAAGAAGACUAUUAUUCCAACGAUUCCAAUUUUCAGAAUAACUUGUCCAAUUACAGAGAUGGACGUAAGAUUGCGACUGCUUCCCAACCUUUAAGCUGUCAUGAAGAGAAAUUGGAGAAAAAACUAGAAUAUUCUAGAAAGAAGUCAUCUAGUCUGUUUCCGAUUUCGUCGCUGAAGAUGCUGUUGAGGUGGAACUCGGACCAAGGCUACCCGAAGACUGUGUUGUUGAUCAAGAGCUCGUAUGACAACGACGAGAAGCAAGUGAAAGAGUCAUUCGUCCCACUGGCGCAGUACAUACUUGAUAAAGGGAAGACGCUAUUCCUGGAGCCCUCUGUCAUUGAGCUAACCAAGGAUUUUCUGGGAAAUGGAGCUUUGCAACCAGACCGAAUACAAGCAUUCAAAGGUGGUAAGGAGGAGCAGGAGAAGAUAGACCUCGUGAUCACCCUGGGGGGAGAUGGGACGAUGUUGCGGAGUGUGUCUCUCUUCCAGCACUCCCACCACAUCCCAGUGUUCCUCUCAUUCCGCUUCGGCACCCUUGGAUUCCUCACUCCUCACGUCUGGUGCCCCGACUCAUUCCAGACAUUUAUCGACAAAGCAUUCUCAGGGCAAAUUCCAGUGCAGCUUCGAUGUCGUCUCAAAGGUCAGAUAUGGAAGUGUGACUCAGGUCCUCACGCAACCCCAAAAUUGACUUCAUCGCGCAAAGUACUCAAUGAAGUGACCAUCCACCGCGGUCUGGGGUCCAGGGUGGACUUGGAUGUCUACGUGAAUGACAACUUCGUCACCACCAUCUCCGGAGACGGUGUGCUAGUGUCGACACCCUCUGGCAGCACAGCCCACGCCCUCUCAGCCGGUGCGUCCCUGGUGCACCCGGACAUCCCCUGCAUCAUGAUCACCCCCAUAUGCGUCCACUCUCUCUCCUUCAGACCCAUCAUACUACCAUUCAACUCAGUCAUAAAGGUGUUGCCGGCUGACAACUCGAGGUUCUACCCGUGGGUUUGUUUCGACGGGGACGAACUUAUCCAGCUCACUGGAGAGAACGGCACACAAGAAGUAAUCGUGAUCGAGUCAGCUGGGCCAAGUGACCUGGUUCCCUGCAUAUGCUCUGAAGAGCCGGUCGGAGACUGGCUGGCAGAUUUGCAGGAGCGACUCUACUGGAACGUUUCCAAAACCGCAAACUCAAUCAACCCUCUCAUCCAGAACAAGUUGGAUACCUGUUCUACAAGUAGCGAGGAGCAGUCAAAUAGUGCCCAUCAUCAUCCUCAUGCGAAGAAAGCGAUGACUAAAAGUGCCUCGUCUAUCACGUUAACAGAUCCACUUGCCCCUUUAAAUGGGAAAAGUGAUCCGAAUGUUAAACUGUUCAGGCCUAGACAGGGCUCGUUGUGUGUUGUAGAUAACAAGUCGUACUCUAUUCUGAACCCGGAGAGUAAUUUAAACCAUUUGUAGUCUCGAAAUUGCCAUGACCAGGGUUUUGGCACCGCUAAUUGACACCUAAUUUUUGUUUGAAUUAAGAGGAAGCUUUCGUCGGAACUACUACCCUUAAUUGAGACUCAUGUCGGAAGUGAAAGUCACUGCCCCUAAUAAAAUCGCUAAUUUUUUUGCCAUCCGCUGAUAAUCUGCUGUUAGCGGUGUCAAAAGUCUGUCUACAACCCCUAACCAAACACCAAACAAUAUAAUUAAAUAUGACAAAACAUCUUUCGAAGCCAAUACAAUCAAAAACAGCUAGUUGAGAAAUCUCGUAUUUUUUUAAUUAGCCAAUAUUUUUUGAUUUUUGAAUUAAGUUUAUCAUUGUUGCUGAUAAAAUCAAAUGAGUUUUAUUGAAAAUUUAGUUCAGAUAGCGUAAGCGAGUGUUGGUUCGGGGUUUUAUUUCAGGAAAAUUCCCAAAAUUUCAGGCGCAAAGCAUAAUCAAUGAGAAUCAACAUCUAGUAGCUUGGGGGCACCAUGCACUAUUUGGCGUCUUUUUCUCAGUAGUUAGACUUGUGAACUAUUUUAAAUCCAGUUUUAGUACCCAUUUUUUCGUAUUAUCCCGAUGAGCCACUUUAGUAUGCUUUAAUUGAAGCAGUUAUUCCGUUUCGAUUAACGAAUUAUUUAUUCGGAUAUUUUAUCUCCAGAAAACUGUCCUAUUUUUCGAUCUUUGUUCAAUCUUUGAUUAUAAUUGUUUCUUGUUUCUAUAAUUUGGACUAAAUAGUCAUGUAAAAUUAAACAAGAUAUUUUUAUUUUACAAUUCCGAAUAUAAACUAGCAAUAUA